UGUUGUUACUGACUAAAUUUUGCAAAAUUUUGCGACGUUGAAUACGAUGUCACUGACGUUUGCUGAGCAACAAGCUGCAUACUUGCCAUGUACUAAAGGAAACAAAAGGAAAAAAGUAAAUGGACAUUGUCCCGGGAAGCACCUCUUACGGCAGCUGCAAGGCAAUUCCCUCUGACAGGACACGAGAGCUCACCCUAAAGAACCCCAUAAUGCAACAGGGGCUGUGGAGCUAUUUCCUAUUUUCUGCUGAGAGGAUGACUACAAACAGCAGAGUGUGGCUUCUUCUCCAGCAGGGCUUAAAGGAGUGCAAAGGAAUGUUGGGAUUGAAUUUCAUCAAAGAUUAUGCAAACAGAUUGGAUGUGAUAUCAAAGUUUGUGGAAACCCACAAAGACGAAGAAAUAACCUUUACAGUAAAGCAGCGCUUCAAGCUGCGUAUUUGUGGCCUUGAUGGCACUUUCUAUGCGAGGAACCAACACAUGAUGGGCUACUGGCAAAACCUUUAUCUACCAACCCCCACAAAGAUGGCGGUCUUUGGUAUUGUGGAAGAUGUGCCAUGCUUGGCCCCUGCGCAGCAGUUGGUCAUUCUUGUUGCAGAAGAUGAAAAAGUUUAUGCAUAUGAGGAGGAGGAGAUGCAUAAAGUCGGAGACAGUGUACGAGAAUUCUUGAACGAAGGACUCCGUCUCUUUAGGCAGUCUGUUUCUUAUCAGUGUGGGGAUGGAGUGGAAUUAGGGAGUGAAGAUGAGUUGGAAACAGAUCAGAAGUCCCAGGAAUCCAUCAAAGAACCGUGGAACUCAACUGAGUAACAGAGCAGAAGUGUGUGUGUGUGUUUACUGUUGAUUAAUAUUCCUGUGGUGGUGGAGAGUGGGGUUUUCAUGGCAAGUGACUAACAUAAGUGGUUUGCCCCUGUUAGUUAAACUCUCCCAUGCCCCAGUGGCUCAUUUCGGCAUGAUUUGGGCCCGAAUCAGGCCCCCUGUGAAGCACGGGAGUGCUCCCAGGGCGGCCACAGCCUGCAUGAUGACAUCACUUCCUGGUUUAUUUUAUUGCAGCUGCUUUCAGGCUGGCUCCAGCUUGGAUCUCUCAUUUUCCCUUUUUAAGCCGCAUUCCUCUCUACAGGCUCACAUAGCGCCUCUUCGCCCUGCACCCCAAAUCUUGAUCUGAAGCUAAAGUGAGCCUCCAAGGGCUGCUGUGUCUGACUUGCCUUUUCUCCUGCAGCAGAAGCUGAGGGAAGGCCUCCUAGUUCACAGGGGAGUCAUAGGUGAAGAAUUAAACAGGAAGCCUUAAAGAUUUUGCAAGGUUUCAGUGGCACCUUAGAGCCCAACAAGAUUUUCAGGAUAUGAGCUUUCCAGAGUCAGAGCUCUCUUCUUCAGAUACAAAGAAAAAGGGAACUUUGAUUCUCAAAAGCUUAUACCCUGAAAAUCUUAUUGGUCUCUAAGGUGCUACUGGACUCCAAUACUGCUGUUCUACUGUAGGCCAAGAUGGCCACCAAACUGAAACUCUUUUGGUGCCACCAUGUUUCCUCUUUCACUUUGUCCAAAACCAGGGGUUGCUGGCCGAUUCCAAAGGUUUAGGUUUGAUCCUGUUCGUGUUAACAGGCUUACAACCUGCUGGGCCGAGUUUUAGGGUACCCUAAGGAUGAUAGAUGGAAGCAUUCUGGAAAUGUUUUCUCCUGUUAUCCUGACUUCUUUAAAAUUAUGUUGUUUUUUGUUUGUGAGCCACCUCAAGCAGUUCUCUGCACAGGGGGUGCAUAAAUAUUCUAAAGAAAAAUCAAAGCUUGCAAUCCUGUAUUUGGACGUCCUGUCCCUCUGAGCUGCAACACUGUGCAGAUCUUGUUUAUUUGCCCCAGAAAACUGGCAAAUGGACUUCAGGCUAUUGAAGUUGCAUGCACAAAGUUACUAAGGCGCCAGGUUUGCCAUUCCUGAGCUUCUGUGAAAAGAAUCAAUGAGCCACGUUUCAUUUGUGACGUGGAGCAGAAUAGAAGUCUAGGAGCGAGAUUCUACAUUUAUUUCAGGAUGAGCUUCUGUGAGUCACUGCUCACUUCUUCAGAUGCAGGAAUCGAACUUAAAAUCCUUCUUAUGGGGCAGGUUGGGCAGGACUGGGAUUAAGAUCAAGAAUGAAUUCUGUUUCUGGGAGGAGAUACUAAAGCAAAUAAAAUUAAUAACGAACUACGACAUACCCCUGGAGCCCCAAUUAAUUUUUUUGAAUCUAUGGCAAGGGGUAAACGUGCCAACGCCUCAACGAGAUUUAAUUACUAAUCUACUUGCCAUAUUAAAAUCAUCAAUAGCAUAUUUUUGGGAAAACCAGUCUCCACCAUCCUUGAACCAUUGGUACUCCAGAGUGUGGAAUCAGCUCAUUAUAGAUAAAAUAACAGACAAUUUAUCGGCUAAUUCCUCGACAUCUAACUAUUAUGAAAAAUGGUGGUCUUUCUUAAAUUUCAUUGACGAAACUGAAACACUUCCUCCCAACCUUCUAUACCAAGAUAUAUUGAAAGUCUAGCACUAUGAACUAAACCAACUAUACCAAUAUACUGUGACUUAUUCUUGUGAUAUAUGAACUACAAAUUAUAGUAAGCAAGUGUUUUAAACGUUUUUCUUCGAAACCUGCAAGCUUGUAUAACCAAUAUAUUACUCCAUGUAUUUGCAAUUUAAUGUUUAUUGUUAUUGUUUCUGUUUAUAAUUAAUAAAAGUUGUUUAUUAAAAAAAAAGAAUGAAUUCUGUCAUGAGUCUUUCAAGUGCAGAUUCAUUAUGUGGGGAAAAGAAAAUGAAGAAUGAUUCUCAGGUUGAUUUUCAUACAUAUCUGAAAAAGUAAGCACUGACUCACAAAAGUUCAUCUUGAAAUACAUGUGCUAGUCUUUAAGGUGCCAUUGCGUGUCUGCUUUAUAUUGUAGCAACAGACUAAUACAACUACUCCUUUGUUUUUUGUUUUUUUUAAUUAUUUUUAUUUCAGACUGUUUACAAUAUGAAACACAACAUAGAUAAAUUGUUAAACUACAUAACAGAGAAAGGUAAAACAUGGAAAGACAAAUUCAAGUGGAAUGAUCUGAUAUAUUUUGGAUUAUAGAUUCAGGAUUGUUUGGUAUAUUUUAUUGGGAGGAUAUAGAUUUUCUUUGGAAAUGUAUUCAAAAAAGGGGAACCAUUUUUCCAUAAAAUUUGUUGUUUGGGGGAAAUUUUCAGCUUGAUAGAUUCCAUCAUUAAUUUUUUCAAAUAAAAAUAUUUUUUUAUUUUGUAGAAUACCAACUUGUAAUUGUCAUUUUAUAUUUUAGAAUACCAACUUGUAAUUGUCGGUACAGUAUGUAAUUUCCAUUUUAGAGCAAUUAAAUUUUUUGCUGCCAUUAAGAAGAUAUUGAUGAGGUCUCGUCGAAUUGGUGGGAUCUCUAUAUCAUCCCAUUGAUUCAGAAAUAUCAGCUCAGGUUUCUUCGGUAUUUUGUAGCCAGUUAACAAAAAGAUUUGGUGCAAGAUUGUAUUCCAGAAUUCUUCUAUGUAAUGACAUUUCCACCAACAAUGUAUAUAUGAUCCUGUAUCCCCACAUCCUUUCUAACAUAAAGAUGAACUGUGAGAGUAUAUAGCUGCUAAUUUUUUUGGCCUAAGAUACCAUCUACAACUACCUGUUUGUAAUCAGCAUGAACAUACCCAUUUUCAUACGGAAGUAUACUCUGAUUUUUGUGGAUCUUUCACCUAACGGCUUUUAUCGUUAAAUUUUUUUGAUUGUAAUCAAAAUGUAUUACAUACAAAAUGUAUUUACCUGCAAAGUAAUUUAGUUUGGUAUUUAGAAUCCAUGUAUGAAUGACUGCUUGCAUUAUUAUUUCUAAGCGAGAAACAAUACAAAUUAAAGUAGUUGGCAGUUUGUAUGUUUUGUAUGUUUGUAGACUGAAAAAUAUUUUUUUUAAAAAAGGAGGUGCACUCAAAACUUUAAUGAAAGUUGUUGUUUCGGCUCACAAAGUAGAUUUUUAGAUCACAACAC